ACACGUGUCACCAACUCAAACCAACAUUUUUGCCUUUAAUAUGGUUUUCUCUACUCUUCUCUGUUUUUGAACAAGAAAAUGAAAAAUACAAAAACCAAUGACCAGCAAGCGUUUGAAUUUGAUUGGUUGGUUGUGACUCUCUGAAAGAUCGAAAACGAGAAAAAGUUUGUAGCUUUUCUAAUAAAAAACUAAUUUUUAUUUAUUUUUCUCUGAAAAAAGUAAUUUUUCAGAGACCCCUAUAAGAGUAGGAGGGGUUUCUGGAACAUUUUUUUUGAAGGUCUCUUGUCUAGAAAAAGAAGAGAAAGAGAAGCAAGCCCUUCUUCUUUAUUUUGUUUUGUGGUUGAAGAAGAAAAGGAAAGGAGGAGGGUCUGUAAAGAAAUGAUUAGAUUGUGGAUAACUUCUUUGCAAUUAGCAGAAUUGUUUGUGAGCUCUUUGGUUCAUCUUCUAUAUGGGUUUUAUAUAUUUAGCUCAGCGGUGGCUGGUGAUCUUUCUCAGGCUUUGAAUGAAAUAUUUAAGCCUAAUGUCAACAUUGAGUUGAAUGAGAUUGUUCCUCACGACAGACCCGGAAAUGUUGAGGAUUUGCCUCCUAUUGUUUUGGUUCAUGGGAUUUUUGGUUUUGGUAAAGGGAGAUUGGGAGGUUUAUCCUACUUUGCCGGUGCAGAGAAGAAAGACGAAAGAGUCCUGGUACCUGAUUUGGGGUCCUUGACAAGCAUUUACGAUAGGGCUAGGGAAUUGUUCUAUUAUUUGAAAGGUGGGCAAGUUGAUUAUGGAGAAGAACACAGCAAAGCUUGUGGGCACUCCCAAUUUGGUCGUGUUUAUGAACAAGGGCAUUAUCCUGAAUGGGAUGAGGAUCACCCUAUUCAUUUUGUUGGCCAUUCGGCUGGGGCCCAGGUUGUUCGUGUUCUGCAACAAAUGCUUGCUGAUAAGGCAUUUAAGGGAUUUGAGAACACCAAUGAGAAUUGGGUAUUGAGCAUUACUUCCUUGUCUGGAGCUUUCAAUGGAACCACAAGGACCUACUUAGAUGGGAUGCAGCCAGAAGAUGGGAGGUCCAUGAAAGCUAUAUGUUUGUUGCAGCUAUGUCGUUUAGGUGUUAUUAUUUAUGACUGGUUUGAUAUUCCAUGGCUGAAGGCCUAUUACAACUUCGGUUUCGAUCACUUCAACAUGUCUUGGAAGAAAACCGGUAUUUGGGGUCUCCUUGAUUGCCUGUUAGGGUAUUCAGGUCCAUUUGCUUCCGGUGAUUGGAUCCUGCCCGACCUUACAAUUCAAGGAUCGAUAAGAUUGAAUAGUCACUUACAUACAUUUCCCAACACCUACUACUUCAGCUAUGCUACCAAGCGUACUAAGAAGAUCUUUGGAAUCACAGUCCCUUCUGGGAUACUUGGAAUUCAUCCAAUGCUUUUCAUUAGAGUAUUGCAGAUGAGCCAAUGGCGUCAUCCCCCAGACGUUUCUCCUCCAUUCAAAGGAUACAGGGAUGAGGAUUGGCAGGACAAUGAUGGAGCACUCAAUACCAUAUCCAUGACACACCCUCGUCUUCCUAUCGAGCAUCCUAAUCGCUUUGUUGAAAAUGAAUCAGAUUGCCAACCUAUGGAACCGGGCAUCUGGUACUACAAGAUUGUGGAAGGUGAUCAUAUUCUGUUCAUUGUGAACAGAGAGAGAGCAGGAGUCCAGUUUGAUAUGAUAUAUGACAGCAUUUUUGAACGUUGUAGAAAACAUGUAUUUAGGAAAACCCCACCAAUAUUACCAAACCAAAAUCACCAAUAGUUUUAGUAUUAUUGUCAUACAAAAUUGGUAUGAAAAACUUCAAAAGAAAGCAAUACAAAAUUGGGCCUUGAUGUAAAUAUGGAUAAUCAUUUCUCUCAUUCUUUUCUUACAUUUUUACUGUUAUUGUACUCAACUACUCUUGAGGCUAAGGAUGAUGAUUAUAGAGAUAUAGGCUGCCUUCACUAUCAACAAUCUUUUUGUUCUUCUCUUAUAAGACAUAAACAAUUAACCUUGAAAA